CGGCCGACCCUCCACAGUACCUAUCCCGCCGUCGCCUGAACGUUAACUCCAACCGCACGUUCUCCCGACACCAGGCGUUCAUUUUACCUAAUCGUGGCGUCUUCAGUGCCCCGAAGAUGCAGCUGAAGACCACCGAAGGGCCCAGCCAAGGCUCCCUACCGCCUAGAGUGGCCGAGCCGCCCCCAAGUCCACGCCGCGAGGCAGUGAACAAAGCCAAGAAGAAACCGACCUUACUACGCCAUCGAUGCCCUCUCAGUUGCUCGCACUCCCACGCCCACGCCCACUCACGAACCCACGCCCACUCAACCACGGAAGGCUCACACGGAACGCCUGACACCCACCCACAACCAUACUACUACAACCACCGCCAUCAUCAUCACCACUACACCCCAUAUCAGCCAACCCCGCCACAGUCCACCACCCCCUUCCACAACCAGUUUCAAGGAGGGCAAAGUAUCCACAUGAUCAGCAGAGGUGGAGUGGGUGGAGGGAGUGGAGUUAGUGGAGCGAAGGAUACCCGUGUCCCGCCGCUGUCCCUGCCGUCAAGGGUCUCAGGGCCCGAAACAAAGACCAUAAACCAGGAGCCAUUCGUUCCCUUGGACUACAGAAGAAGGGCCAUUAAAUAUAUGAGUACGCGGUUGCAAGUUGGCGUGAACGUGGAGGACGAGCAUAGCGUGAGGGAGAUUGAGAGACGCAUCCAGACCCUAGAGGAGCAAGUCUACGAGUCCAGCGUGACACAGGACGAGUACGUAAGCAAGCUGGCCUCCCGCCUGGCUGCCAUUCUUCAGCACCUCGACAAGUGUAGGGCGCCCAGGACGCCCCCAGUGGCCCACCAAAGCCAGCAGGAGCCAGUUAUGUGACAGGAAGAGAAUGAAGAUGAAGGGAAAGCCGUGGAAGCGAAGAAAUUAAAUGCCGCAAGAACGCUACCGCCAUUGCGAGACCCAGAGGAAGAUGUCGUAGCGAGGGAAAGGGAGGAAAAGAAGGAAGAGGAGGAGGAGGACAAGGGUGAUGAAACUAGAAGAAAGGAAACGGGAGAAAGGAAAGAGGAGGAGGAGGAGGAGGAGAUGGAGAGCAAAAUGAGUACAGAAAAAAAGAAAAAAGAGGAGGAGGAGGAGAAAAGUGAAGAUAAUGCAUAUGGAGGAAUCAUAAGGGAGGAAGAGGAAGAGGAGGAGGAAAGUAACAUCAAAACAGAGGAGGAAAAAGUUAGAAAUAUAGAAGUGGAGGAGGAAAACAAAGAUAAGGAGGAGAGUGAUAUCUGCACAGGAGGAGGAGGAGGAAGAGGAGAUAAAGAGGAGGCCGAGGAAGAAGAUAAGGAGGCGAUAACAGAGGAGGAAAAGGCGCCAUUAAUCAACACCAAGAGAAAAGAAGAAGAAGAAGAAGAAGAAGUGAAAGGGAAGUUGGAAGAAGGAAAAGAAAGACGAAAUUAGAAUAAAACGAAGUCAGAGAGAGAGAGAGAGAGAGAGAGAGAGAGAGAGAGAGAGAGAGAGAGAGAGAGAGAGAGAGUUUCGAAGUAGGAAAAGAAGAUAAAAGGAGAAAAAAAAGAUUCCAAGAAUACGGAGAGAGAGAGAGAGAGAGAGAGAGAGAGAGAGAGAGAGAGAGAGAGAGAGAGAGAGAGAGAGAA